AUGACGGACCGAAUUCGUGAGAAAAUGAACUCGCUGCGCGUGGAGGCAGACCAUGCCAUCGAGCGUGCUGAAACGGCAGAGAAGAAGAUUCACCAAUUGGAACUGGAGUUGCUAGCUAAGGAGCAAGAGAUUACUUCGCUGUCGCACCGACUCGAUAACGCCAAUUCUCAGCUGGACAAGGCGGAGUCCUCGAUCGCGGACUCAAAAGCGGACCGUGAAGCAGGAGAAACUAGCAAGCAAGCAAAUGAGGGUCUGACACGCAAGAUUCAGUUGUUGGAGGAAGAAUUGGAUGCUGCAGAGAAGAACGUCAAGGAGACGGUGGAAAAACUGAGGCAAGUUGAUGUGAAGGCGGAACAUUUCGAGCGACAGGUGCAGCGCGUUGAACAAGAACGCGACCAAUGGGAGCAGAAAUUUGAGGCAAUGGAACGCAAGUACAAGGAGUCCAAAGCAGAGCUCGACGAACUGGCGCAGAGUUUGCAGGAUCUUUAG